AUGAGUUCAUUGCAGUUAAGUCACCAUAAUCCGGAGUUUUCAGUGCGCAUUGUCGUAUGUGAUCAUUAUAUGACGAAACCAACUGCAGGUGUGGAUGUUACUUAUUCAGAAUUCAGAGGAACUGACAUCAAACAGGUACCAGUUCUCAGAAUAUUUGGACCAGCAAAAGAUGGGUACAAGGCCUGUUUACAUAUUCAUGGGGUAUUUCCCUACUUCUACAUACCAUGUCCAAGUCAAAAUCCAGAGCCGCAACUUUUGUAUCAGAUAGCAGCAAGUUUGGAUAAAGCUUUAAAUAUAGCCAUGAAACAGGCAACAUCUUCCAAUCAACAUGUUUACAAAAUAUCACUAGUCAAAGGCUUACCUUUUUACGGAUACCAUGAUAAAGAGCAUUUAUAUCUGAAAGUUUUUCUGUACAGCCCUGGGUUAAUAAAGCAAGCAGUUGAACUCUUCAGUUCUGGGGCUAUUUUAGGCCAGACAUUUCAACCUCACGAAUCACAUCUAAACUUCACAUUACAAUUCUUUAUAGAUUUCAAUCUUUUCGGAAUGAGCGACAUUGAUUUGCAGAGCGUACAAUUCCGAAAAUCUGGUCUUUCUCAAAAGAGCAAUGAAGUGUUAUUUGAUACAAAAGAAAAUACUUUAACGUCGGAAAGCAGUUGCCAUUACGAAGCUGACUGUAUGGCUUCUCAUAUUAUUAACCGACAACGAAUAGGUAAAGGAGAUGGUAUAGAAAAUCCAGGAUUAGAAGAAGUUUGGAACCAAGAGUUGGAAAGGCGGAAACAAUUAAAUAUGUCUUUAGCCUCAAAGUCACUCUCUCAAGGUCUUACUUCUUUAAAACAAGUAGAGACAGAUUCACACUACAAAUUCGAAAAUAUAUUUGCCGUAAAAUUAUCAAAUAAAAUUGAUAAGCCUGUUCUUCUAGAGCACGCUUAUUAUCCAGCUGAGACUCUAGGAGAUACGCAGCUGUUUAAAGCAGUUGAUGUAUCAAUACAUCUGCCUAGUAAAGACUUAGAUUUGACCUUAAAUAGAACGACAAAAAUGAAUUUAAAUGAACACGAGGAAGAAGAUUUGGAUACCACCAUUGUCGAUGAAAAUUUAGUCCUAAACAGUUCCAUGUCUUUACAAUACAGUCAAGUUUUGUUAAACAGUGAAGAUAUGGAAUUAAUUGAUAUGUUGCAUGAUAUGGACCAACAACGUGUUGAGGAAGACAGCAUCAUGGGGACUCCAGCAAACCAAGAUCAAGAAGUUGAUGUCGAAUUAGAUGAUGCAGAAUACUCUAGGAUAUUUAAUGAUGAUUCUGUUUGUCAUGAUCAAAAUGAAAGUGAAAAUAAUGGCAGUCCUUUGUCUUGGCACGACUCUUUCUGGGAUGGAGCUAAUAUUCCACAAUUAGACGGCACAUUCGACAACGACCAUGUCACAAAAGUUCGGAAAAAAAGAAGACGAACUCUUCAAUUAGGGUUAUCUAGGCCAAAGAAAAAAAACGAAAGGGUAAAUAAUCCAACAAAUACAGAUUCUAAUAUGGACACUAGUGAAAUAGACGAGAUAAAUGUUUCCAGAGAAACUGCUGAUGGUGAUGUAUGUAUCUCAGAACUAGUAAGGGCUAGCAAAAUUUCAAAAACGUCAAUAGAAAACACUGAAAUGAAAUCAGAAGAAACAAUCAUAGAUGCAGUGUCUAGAAUAACGGCUAAGCAAAAUAUUGUCAAGCUGAUGAAUAAAUCUGAAAUUUAUGAUUUACAAAACAAAUUCGUACCAACAGCAGGUCCCUCUAAUAAACCCGUUGAUUGUGACAACACGGAAAUGGGUAAUUCAUCAAAUAACGAAUUAGAAUUAUCACCUGAUGGUAAUGAACUAGGUAUAGUUAGCUUUUAUAAUGCAUCUAAAAUGUUUGACGAUUCUUUUAAUCAAACAUUUUUACAAGAACAGACAAAUUGUGAUGACUGUUCUGAUAUUAUUGCAAAUGAAUAUGAAAAACAAGAAGACUAUGACAAAUUUAAAGAUACGGAACUAAAAUUAGAUGUAUCAGUAAACGAAAAACUAGACACUGGCAUUAAAAUUUUUACUCCAACCGUAAAGCCACCAACUAAAAAUGAAAUGGAAGCUAAAUAUAAAAUCCCAAAAACAAAACAGGUUCAACCAUUUUUUUCUGAUUAUAAAGAUGUUGGAGAUAAAGUAGAAAUCGGCCAAUUGGUUUUAAAAUUGCACAGUAAUUUGUCACGCGAUCAAAAACCGUUUGAAAAAGUAUUGGAAACUGAAAGCAUUGAAAAUUGGAGACAACUAUUAUUUCUACAAAAGUAUGCAACACAAGACGACUACAAACCAGACACGCUGAGAACAUUGUUAGCAGGAAAUUCAAGAUAUGUUAUACAGCCUGUUGUGAGACCUCCAACGAGUGAGCAAGUAAAGAAAUGGAUAAAUGAACAAAAAGCUCUCCAACUAUUGUCACAAUUUAGCUCAGAACAAGCAAUUUCCAAAAACAUGGAUGAUUUCAAUAAUUCUCAAGCUUUAGGUUUAAAUGAAGAUGAAAUUAACAGUAGUAUCGUAAGCGUCGAAAAUUGCGAAAGUGGAAAACCAGAUAACAGUUUUCAAAUAACAUUAAAUACUGACGGAUCUUUCCUUUGCUUUGGAAAUACUGAUAACUGUAAAGAUAAUAAUUCCUGCGAAGUAGCCACAGUGAACGCGGACUUUCUCACUUCAAUGGUUAUUGAAGUCCACACUUCUGUGAGAGGUGAUAUGCAUCCAGAUCCGGCGGUAGAUCCAAUAAAAGCCGUGUUUUACUCUGUUAUCAAUGACUGCCCGAAUAAUCAUUUCCUAAAAAAAUCUUUAACGGGAAUCAUUGUGGUCGAUUCAAGUUCCCGAAAAUAUUUAGAUGGGUGCGUAUUCAAUGUUCCUGUAAUCUACAUUAGUAAUGAAAUUGAAGCCAUCGAUGAAGUAAUUAAAUUAGUAAACCUACAUGAUCCAGACAUAAUGUGCGGUUAUGAAAUAGAAAUGAAUUCUUGGGGAUACGUAUUGGAAAGAGCCGAGAUUCUUGGGUUGGAUGUUUUAAAAGAUUUAUCUAGAAUUACCGAGAAGAACAGACAAAAACGUUGGAUGAAAAAUGAAUCCGAUUACGAAGGUAGAAUUAUUGGGAGAGUUAUAUUCAAUGUGUGGCGUUUGUUUCGUCACGAACUGGCAUUAUCAAGCUACAGUUUCGAGAAUUGUAUGUACGAAGUAUUGAAUGAACGAGUACCGUCAUACAGCUAUGCGCAAUUGUCGGAUUGGUGGUGCGACGAAUCGAAAAUGCUAAGAUGGAUUCCCGUCGAGUACUAUUUGACCAAACUAUCGGGUACAGUCAGAAUGCUACAGAAAUUGGAUAUCAUAAAUAGAACGUCGGAACUGGCCAGAUUGUUUGGUCUGCAGUGGUGGGAAGUUUUGUCCAGAGGAUCACAGUUCCGUGUCGAAUCUCUGAUGCUGCGAGCGGCCAGACCUCUCAAUCUUAUUGCUCUAUCCCCAACUAUAAAACAGAGAUCUACCAUGCGAGCCCCUGAAACUUUGCCUCUUAUAUUUGAACCGGAAUCUCGAUUCUACUCGGAUCCAGUGAUUGUCCUAGAUUUUCAGAGUCUGUAUCCUUCGAUGAUGAUUGCCUACAACUAUUGCUUCUCAACGUGUAUCGGUCGCGUGCAGAAUAUUAAUGGCGAAACGGCCUAUGAGUUCGGGGCAUGGCGCUUAAGGAUUCCUAGAUCAAAGUUAGAAGCUCUUGUUAAAAACUCCCUAAUACAUUGGUCGCCGGUUGGGAUUGGAUUUGUUAAAACGUCGGUUCGGAGAGGCGUACUGCCAGCGCUUUUGAGGAGAAUACUCGCUGCAAGACAAGCAGUUAAGAAAAGUAUGAAAAUGCAGAAAGAUGAGGCAGUAAAGAAAGCGAUGCAUUCCAGACAAUUAGGUUUAAAAUUAAUAGCCAACGUGACAUACGGAUAUACAGCUGCGAACUUCAGUGGACGUAUGCCUUGCGUGGAAGUCGCCGAUAGUGUGGUGGCUAAAGGCAGAGAAACGCUUGAAAGAGCCAUAAAAUUAGUUCGGGAAAAUACUACUUGGAAUGCCAAGGUUAUAUACGGUGACACUGAUUCAAUGUUCGUGUUGGUGCCCGGCAGGAGUCGUUUAGAAGCAUUCGAAAUCGGUCAGCAGAUAGCCGAUGCUGUGACUGCAGAUAACCCUCCACCAGUUGCACUUAAAUUAGAAAAGGUAUAUCAACCGUGCAUUCUGCAAACGAAAAAACGCUACGUUGGCUUUAUGUUCGAGAGUCCCGAUCAAGAGAAACCCACGUAUGAAGCAAAAGGAAUAGAAACAGUCCGAAGAGACGGCUGUCCCGCUGGAGUAAAGCUUCUACGUCAAUCCUUGUGUGAAUUAUUUACCCAUGGCGAUAUGUCGGUGGUGAAACGUCUAGUGAAGGCCACGCUGUCCCGUCUGGCGGAGACCUCGCUCCCGGUACACGAACUCUUCUUUACGCGCGAAUACCACGGACAGGCUGGGUACAGGCCUGGAGCUUCUGCGCCGCCAAACGAAAUUGCGAAACGUAUAGCUAUGAAAGACCGUCGUGCGAUACCAAGGACAGGCUGGCGGGUAUCCUGGCUAGUUACGUGCGGAGCGCCCGGCGUGCCGCUGGUGCGCUUGGCUCGUACUCCGCAGGAGCUGACCCGCGAUCGCUCGUUACGACCCCACGUGGCGUACUACGCGACUCGCGUACUCCUGCCGCCCCUACAUCGCUGUCUAUCGCUCUUGGGCGUUGAUGUAUUUAAAUGGUGGAACGAGCUUGGCUACAACCGCACAGCGCAACAACGAGAGCAGACGCAGUCCGGUGGCAUCGCGAAGUACAUGUCCCGCGAGCGGUGCGCGGUGUGCGGCGUGCGCACCAACGUCCGCAGCGCCGUGUGCCCGCAGUGUGCGCACACGCAGCGCGCCUGCGUCGUGCUACAGACACGUGCGAACAACGCUGCCACCUACUUAGACUCCUGUUACUCGAUAUGUAGUUCCUGUUGUGGCCACACCGACACUGAGAAAUGUCAAAAUGUGGAAUGUCCAGUUCUUUGGCGACGUUCAAGCGCAUGUGAAAGAUAUUCUCAAAUGACGGAAUUGCUAACUCAUUUACCAUGAAACAAUAUAAACCAAUAAUUAUGAUUCUCAACAUGAUAUUAUUUAUACAAAUAUGAUAUUGUACACAAAUAUUUGAUAGUAACGAUAAUUUUUAUUAUUUAUUUAUCUAUGUUUCUUGACUUUUCCGCCAUAUGAUAUUUAUGUGUGCAAGAGUAUGUAUUGAGGUUCGAGCAGAAGAGUAUAAUAUGCAGUGUACGGCCGGUGUUUAUUUUUUAUUGAAAGUAUUAUCUUUGGUUUUCGGGCCGUUGACAUCAUUAAAUGCACUUUUAUGGUUGAUCUCGCAUUUUUACUGUCAUUAUAUUAUUUCCGACAUUUCUAAUAGGUACUUGACAGUUUUAGAGAUCACGCUCGUAAACCGUAAAACUAGUUUUUGCUGUAAUGUAGUUACCAAUUAUCAGUUUAUAUUUGUAUUAAAUUAUUUUUUCUCA